AUGAUUUUAUAAAAAGAGUUUGAUUCAAAUCGUAUUGAUAAUCUCUGCGCAGGGCUUGAUAAUAGAAACAAAUAACAUACAUCAACCAGCAUUCACGCUAACUCUAUACAAAUAUUAACAUAAAUUAUAAGCAUCUUUAACGCUGAUGUCUUAAAUGUUGCAAAGCAGUCUUCAAAGUAAGCUUAACAUACAUUCAGCCAAAUGAUUGUAUUGAACACUCAUUUUGAGCAUAUAUAUAAUAUAGAUGUAGGAGGUGCCAUCAUGACAUGCUAUAAAUUCAUGUAAACAUUUUCGAACAACAGUACAUUUAACCCACCCGCUAGAAUCAGAAGUGGUUAAAUGAAAUAAUAAAUCAUAAUCACAAGUUGGAUGCAAACCAAGGCUGAUAAAAUCAUAAAUAUUUUUCCCAUGCUGUUCGGUCUGCCUAAUACAUGCUUUUAUAUUUUAUAUACUCUGCUACAGCAAGUGAAAUGUUGUACACUUAAGAAAAGUUAGAGGGGAUAGUUGUAAAGAAUGAUAAAAGAUUUUUGA